AUGAAUCGGCAGUCAGGUUCCCACUUGCCCAUACCCGUAACGCCCAAGGAAAGCCCGUCUCAGGAGCCCCUUCUGCCUUCCCACAAGCAGAAGAGAAAGAGCAGGGAAAAGAGAUCAAGCUUUGGGCUUUUCCCCAGGCAAAAGACAUCGCCGAUAUGGAGGCCAUCGACGGGGCACUCGCCACAAACACCACAGUGGCCCCUUCCGCGGAUGCCGAUUCGUAUACGCGAUGAGAACCCAGCUUUGACCAAGACUUACACACAGCCUCGCGAGGCACCACUUCCUCCACCUCCCAGCGCCAGCAGCCACCGGAGCAGCAGCAGCGCGAGCAGCACCACGACGUUGGGCAAUGAUCCCCAUCGGAGUCCAAGGACACGAGAACAGCCAGCACCACCCUCAUCACCAACGCCGACAAAUCCACACCACCCGCGCUCUCCUCGAUCCCCAAACAGCCCACAACGUCCGCCUUACUUUCCAUCACUCCACCAGCGUGGCGGGAGCGGUUUCCAGACGAGAUACCUCAACAUGCUGCUUAAUUUGGACAAGAUCCCACGCGCACACAACAUCUUUUCAAACAUUUUUGCAUGGAUGGUCCUCGUUGCUUUCGUCAUUGCCCCUGCCAACUUCACGGGCUUUCCAGCGGACAAGUCGUUGAUGGUGAGCGGUAAGGAUGAUCUGUCAUCCAUACCUCUCACUACAUCUGCUACUCUCAAGAAGAUCCCCUCAAUUCCCCUGCUGGCGAUCUGCUGCGUUUCUUUUUUCCUCGGAGUACUAGGCAUGCUCUGGCUCGCGGUCUACUGGAGGCGGAAUUAUAUCUGGCUGAUGAAUCGCAUCUACCUCCCUCUUAUCCUCAACAGUCUGGCGGGUUUUAUCGCGACCAUGGUAAUCGUCCACGUGCAGCACGGCUGGCACUGGAGCAUCGCCGCCCUGGUGACGGUUUCAUUCGAGGGUGCAAGUCUGGCCGUCGGUCUGAGCUUGUUCGCCCUGUACCAAUACUGGCUCCUGGCGAAGCUGAAGAGCGAGCACUACCGCGAGACUAGCAGGAAGAGGACUGUAGACCUUGUGAAAGCGGGCAAGGCGCCGCCUUUUGCACCUGGGAGCGUUGUCUAA